AGAAGAUAUAAUUAACCAAACACCACAAGAGAGAAAAACUCGAAGAAAAUAUUUCGAUCCUUAUCAACAUUUCUAGACCAAAAUUUUCUGAAAUGAAUCCGUUGAAUCUAGCCACCACAAGCUCACCACCUCCAGUUGCUAAUGAUCUCUUGGCGAAGCGAAAGAGACGCCGUCCACGCAAAGAUGAAACCACAACACAGCCUCAACAAGAAAACGUUAACCUGGUUGGUAAGACGUUUUCUGCUGUGGUCGCAGGAUCUUUCGACACGGGGCACAUCGUCAAUGUCAAGGUGAACGACAGUGACACGGAACUGAUAGGUUUCGUGUUCAUGAAGGGAAAAGUCACUCCGGUAGCUCCUGAAAACGACGUGGCUCCCCAUGUUAAAAUGGUUGCGAAAGAAGGAAUCAAGAACCAAACUGAUCUCCCUCCUAAUGAUCAACCAGUGAAAGAUGUGGAGAUCUGUGAAUCUGCUCGACCGUUGUCUCUAGUGCCGUAUCAGAGCGAUGACGAAGAACCCAAGGAAGCUGUGGUGGAGGAGAGAGAUGGAGUUAUGGAAGAAGGAGAAGCUGCGACUCCUUUGCUGGAGUUUUUUCCAACUCCGGAGGCGACCGUGGUGGCUUCUCAACAGAAUCUUGCCUUGGCACAGAAAGAAGAGGCUACAGGUGAGGCUCGUGGGUUUGGUGUUGAGGAACCUGUUGGUCCGGUAGAGAAAGUGCCGCAGGAGCUUAGGCUAGAGCUUGGGAACAAGAUGAUAAUGAGUGGAGACAACAAAAAUGGAACAGAUCCUAACACAUCUGUGUCCAAGAGUGGCUUCAUAGCGAAUUUGUAUGAAGGAGAAGGCAAGAAGGUUGACUGUGCCAUGGAGGAAGAAGCAGCUCCAUCAGUUCCGUAGUUAACAAAAUGAACACCGUUCUGUUAUUUUAUAUCUUCAGACUCUCCAUUGCCUAUUCUGUUUUUCUCUUGUUUCAGUUGUUUGUUUAAAACAUUUGUGUUCAGUAAUUGUUGUAAAACUGUUACUUCUUCUGGUUAU